AGCUGCUUCUCAAUUGCUGCGCCCUCACAUUUGAGCCUCCCUACACCUUCGAAGCCCUAACGCCAGGAGUCGGUGCCGUCAUCGUCGUCUCAGUAGCUGCAGCCUUAAAAUGCCGCCGAAGUUUGACCCGAGUCAGGUCGUCGACGUCUAUGUCCGUGUUACCGGAGGUGAGGUCGGAGCUGCCAGUUCCCUGGCCCCGAAGAUUGGUCCGCUCGGUCUCUCCCCUAAGAAGAUCGGAGAAGACAUCGCCAAGGAGACCGCCAAGGACUGGAAGGGCCUCCGGGUGACUGUCAAGCUCACCGUGCAGAACCGGCAGGCCAAGGUCUCGGUCGUGCCCUCUGCGGCGGCGCUCGUCAUCAAGGCCCUGAAGGAGCCGGAGCGCGACAGGAAGAAGACAAAGAAUAUCAAGCACAACGGGAACAUCUCUCUGGACGACGUCAUCGAGAUCGCCCGGGUGAUGCGGCCCAGAUCCAUGGCCAAGGAGCUGAGCGGGACCGUGAAGGAGAUCCUCGGCACGUGCGUGUCGGUCGGGUGCACGGUCGAUGGGAAGGACCCGAAGGACCUGCAGCAGGAGAUAACCGAUGGAGACGUCGAGGUCCCCACGGAUUGAGAGAAUUGUCUUCCCAUUUCGGAUUCAGCUGCUGCUCAUCACUGUGAGAGUUUGUUCUCUUUCUUUCAAUUUUUGCGUUGUUAGGGUUAAGGAAUCGCUAGCCGUGCUACUUACUUUAAAAAAAAGUUGUCUCCCCUGCUUGAGAAAUUGAGGAGUUUUUGGGACAUUUGAUGGGAGAUGUAAGCUCAAUUUAGCAUUCGAAUGAUGUCGGGACGUACAGUUGGAUUUAGUUUUGGGUAAUGCAUUCGCUCUUUCCGCAAGAAUUUGUUCUUGCCUGAAUCUGUCAUGCUUCCAAGUAUGAUCAGCUGCGAAUUGGGACUAUAAUUCAUCCAUUAUGGUUCUUCCCGUUUCCUUAUAAGAUGAAAUAGGGGGGACUUCGUUAGUAAGGAUUCGAGCUCGCGUGCAUGAACAUUGCCUCCGAUGUUGCAUUGUCGAUUUUUCAUUGGAAAGUUUUUCAGGGUUCAACUUUUAUA